UGCCCCUCACCCCCCCACCCUUCUGUUUGGGCUGUGGGCAUAGUACCAGCAGUGAGGAGAACAGAGCAGCUCAGAGAUUCCCAGAUACAACUCAGAUAAGUCCAGUGUCCUUUCUCAGAGACACUGUCCCUCUGCAGCAACCCCCUACCUGCCCAAGGGCACUGUCUGAGGGCAGACAGAAAUGUUCUAGUUUUCCUGGCUCUGUAAUUAUGAGCCUGACUGGGAGCAGAGCUGUCAUUUUGGCCGAGUACAUGAUGGUGAUGCUCCAGCCGUUUUCAGUGCCCAGGGCUGAGUGAGCUCUAGCAGCCUGUGGAAUAUGUGGGGCCUGCAACUUCUAGGGACUUCAACAUCCUGCAGCAUCCUUGUGUGGGAGGACCCUCCCUUCCAUCAUCUUGCACUCAGCAGCUGGACACUUGGGAGACCAUAUGGUCUUGAUGAGCCUUAGCCCUCUCUCUGCUUCCUGGGACUCCACAGUAACCAUCUCUGUGGAAACAAAUAGGAGCCCAGAAAUUUAGAUCGAAGAACCCGGAAGCUGAAGAGGAAGAGUAGGCUGGUCCUCCAAUUAGAAUCCAGUCACAGUAGGACAACCCCGCCAGGCUGUCACACGUGAUGUUGCCCCGCCCAGUGUGUCUGUCAUGUGACCAGGGUCACAUGACUGCCAGCGCCAGGCUCAGAAUCAGGCAUGAGCUUCCAGCGAUGUGUCCCUGUGGACCAUAGGGUCCCUUCCUGGGUCUUGAUCCUGCUACUGAUACUGGGACUGUGCAACCUCCAGGCCAGAGCCGACAGAGUUCUAGACCCUGACUUUCGUGAGAAUUAUUUUGAGCAAUACAUGGACCAUUUCAACUUUGAGAGUUUCGGCAACAAAACCUUUGGCCAGCGGUUCCUGGUGUCAGAUAAGUUCUGGAAGAUGGGCGAGGGGCCCAUUUUCUUCUACACUGGGAAUGAGGGGGAUAUCUGGUCCUUUGCUAACAACUCUGGCUUCAUGGUGGAACUGGCAGUCCAGCAGAAGGCCCUGCUUAUCUUUGCUGAGCACCGGUAUUAUGGGAAAUCGCUUCCGUUCGGUGUGCAGUCCACACAGCGGGGAUAUACACAGCUGCUGACUGUGGAGCAGGCGCUGGCCGACUUUGCUGUGCUGCUCCAGGCCCUGCGGCAGGAUCUUGGGGUCCAGGAUGCCCCCACUAUAGCCUUUGGAGGGAGUUAUGGGGGGAUGCUGAGUGCCUACAUGAGGAUGAAGUACCCCCACCUGGUGGCUGGGGCACUGGCAGCCAGCGCUCCUGUUGUAGCUGUUGCAGGCCUCGGCAAGUCCUACCAAUUUUUCCGAGAUGUCACAGCGGACUUUUAUGGCCAGAGUCCCAAGUGCGCCCAGGCUGUGCGAGAUGCCUUCCAGCAAAUCAAAGACUUGUUCCUCCAGGGAGCCUAUGACACCAUCAGCCAGACUUUUGGUACCUGCCAAUCAAUUUCCAGCCCAAAAGACCUGACUCAGCUCUUUGGAUUUUCCCGGAAUGCAUUUACUGUGCUCGCCAUGAUGGACUACCCAUACCCUACUGACUUUCUAGGGCCCCUUCCUGCCAACCCUGUCAAGGUGGGCUGUGAACGGCUGUUGAGUGAGGGCCAGAGGAUCAUGGGUCUACGGGCACUGGCAGGGCUGGUCUACAACUCCUCUGGCUCGGAACCCUGUUAUGACAUCUACCGGUUGUACCAAAGCUGUGCUGACCCCACUGGCUGUGGCACUGGCUCUGAUGCCAGGGCCUGGGACUACCAGGCUUGUACGGAGAUCAAUCUGACCUUUGACAGCAACAAUGUGACAGACAUGUUUCCUGAAAUCCCCUUCUCUGAUGAACUCCGCCAGCAAUACUGCCUGGAUACAUGGAGCGUGUGGCCCCGGCCAAACUGGCUGCAGACCAGCUUCUGGGGUGGCGACCUUAAAGCAGCCAGCAAUAUCAUUUUCUCCAACGGUGACCUAGACCCCUGGGCAGGGGGUGGGAUCCAGAACAACCUGAGUACAUCAGUCAUUGCUGUCACCAUCCACGGGGGAGCACAUCACCUAGACCUCAGAGCAUCUAACUCAGAAGACCCCCCAUCUGUCGUGGAGGUGCGUAAGCUGGAAGCUACCCUCAUUCGUGAAUGGGUAGAAGCAGCCAGACUAAGGCAACCAGCAACGCCACGGUGGCCUGGGCCUAAGAAGCAGCACCCUACGCCGGGCGGUGGUGGCGCACGCCUUUAAUCCCAGCACUCGGGAGGCAGAGGCAGGCGGAUUUCUGAGUUCGAGGCCAGCCUGGUCUACAGAGUGAGUUCCAGGACAGCCCGGGCUAUACAGAGAAACCCUGUCUCGAAAAACCAAAAAAAAGAAAAAAAAAAAAAAAAGAAGCAGCACCCUUCCAGCUAAGAUGCAGCAAAACCCACAGAUCCCUUGUUUUAUGUGAACAGUUGUGGCAUGACAGUUUGCCUUACAUCUUAUAGACUGUCCAGAUCCAUGGUGGUUUGUCUAAGUUGGAUUUCAAGCAAGGCGCUGGUGGUGGAUAGACAAAACCGAAUAAACAUAUGUUGAUGUGUC